CCCCGGUGCCGCCUGGACGCGGAGGCGCGCGGGAGGAGGGGGCGGUGCGGCGGCUUCCGGGCGGACAGCGGCCAUGAGCAAACGGAACCAGGUGUCCUACGUGCGGCCGGCCGAGCCCACCUUCCUCAGCCGCUUCAAGCGGCAGGUCGGGUAUCGGGAAGGGCCCACGGUGGAAACCAAGAGAGAGCAGCUUCCACUUGCAGAUGAUGAUAGUGAGAAUGGCAGUGACAGAGAAGAUGAGCAGCCUCAAGUUGUAACGCUGAAAAAAGGAGACUUGACUGCUGAAGAAGCAAUGAAAAUUAAGCAGCAAAUCAAAGAGGCCUUAAAGACAAAUGAAUCAGAUAGUGAACCAGAACCUGCUGAUGGAAAAAUUAUGUUCAGGAAACCCACCAAACGUUCAUCUGAGAAGAUUUUGGACUUCAAUGUAAGUUCGAGUAAGAAGAUGAAAGAGGCGAAGAAAACUAAGAAAGAAGCAACUACACCUCAGAGUACAGCUAAGCAAAUAAAAAAUAGCAGUCUUCUUUCCUUUGAUGAUGAGGAAAAUGAUGAUUAGGAGUUGGGUUUUUUUAUAUUUGACUUCCCCUUCUAGGGAUCUGAGCAAGAUUGAGGGUUUUCCUAGGAACUGAAACAUGGUAUUGGAGUCUUCUCUUACUUUGUUGUAGUCCAACUAGAGAAGCAUAGGCUAAAACUAGCAAGAGCAAAGUCUUUGCAGUUCAAAUGAAACUUUAUUCAUAGUAUAUUACAUCUUUAUUUUAAAAGAGAACUUGACCAUGUAUGUAAAAGCUAUUUGAGGUCACAAAUGAGCUGCAAAAUGUACCUGUACAUAUCCAGCUUAUGUGCAUUUUCAAUCAAUACUUUUUAAAAUGUCCUACAUUAUAAAAAAUGUAUUUUCUUCUUGUUUGCUGUCCUUAGUUGACAGUUGCAUGUUUUUGACCUGUUGCUGUUGACCUGAUGCUCAAAUGAGAGCGACUUCAUUGCUGUGGAACAGAGAGAAAGUUUCUGUUUUACAGUUUAACAGGAGUUUGCACGGCUUCUGCACAUUUGGUUUUGCAGUAAGUGAGCCUGCAGUUGCUAAAAUCAUGAAGUCUUAAUCCUGUCUUUGGUGAAAGGAGUCUAAAGUAGUCUAAAAAGCAUGAUGUUCAUUUGAAUUGACUGUGCUAGCAAGACCUUUUUCUUUGGUAAGUAUAUUUGUUCAGUUGGCCACCUAUGUGUUUGGAAUCAUAUGGGAACUCAAACAGCUCAUUUAAGAACAAUGAAUUUCUUUUGUAAGCUGUGAAAAAAGCAGGAAAUUGUAAACAAGAAAUGCAAGUCAUGAAAUGUUAGAGCUGUGGCAUAAAGUUUUGAUAGUUUUCAGUUGCCUGUGUACAGUACACUGAAAGGGAUCAUUUAUGUAACAGGAUGUGCUGAAAUUCAAGAUAACAGAGAGCUGAGGGGAUUAGGGAGAACAAGGUGAUGGGAAUGAGACUAGUGACUUUGAAAUUAUUUGCAAGUAUGAUAUGUUCUGUAACCAUGUAUAAGCAAGACCUGAGACUGCUGGAGAAUUACAGGGUUUACAAGGUGUACAGAAUUACAAGGGCAAUGAAACCAGUUCUCCUGCUGUGUGACAGAACAUGUGGAAAUUAUUUGGUCUGUAAAGCUUCGUUGAGGAGCAAAUUCAAAGUUGCUGUGUGAAACAGCUGGUUUUAGCUUGAUGUUCUGGUAUUAAACAAUAAAUUAUGUUUUCUUUAAGUGGUCCAAAGAUUAUUUUAAUGAAGAUAUCAGUACAUAAAGUGGUGGGGUUUUUGUCACCUGGUUAUGAAGCCUCUUAAAACUGCUGUCUCUGUACAUACCAACUUCCUGCAACAUAUGAUCAGAUGCGAGUCUGUGGACUAUUUCACACUAAUUGUGUGAGUGGAUGUUAAUGUGAUUUUGAAAAUUAGUAGAUCUGUUGUCCUUUAAGAAAAUUAAAACUAGACCUGUAAAUGGAU